CUCGCCUCCUUUCCACAGUUCUGAGAGCGGUUGACCUUUCCCGGGUCUAGGAACUCUGUGGCUUGCGCUGAGCGGCUGUGGUGUCCAGCCCAGCCCUUUAAGCUGUGUCACUCCUGGUCAGGAAAAUAAGUACACAGGCAGACAGCUGGUGUACAGCCGGGCAGAGGCCAGUGACUGGCUGCCUACCUGUCACCUCUUGCCUGGAGUGCCCCGCUGCCAAGUUGGCCCCAUGACUCCACACACGGGGGCGGAGCCUGGACUGGGCCUGUGGGGAGGGCUCCACUAAAGUGACCACUUGCAGCCCUGAGCCUCAGCUCUUGGACGUCUGGCUGGAAGUUGGCUGUCCUGUUUCCUGUGACCUUGGGCAUGGAAAGGGCAGGGUCCAGGGGACCUAGGACACUAUCUCCCUUCCCCACGCCUUCUCCCUCGUUCCUCCCCACCCUUUUCGCUUCUACCCCGCCCACACAGCCCUAAAGGCUUCCUGGGGCGGAACUGUUUGGCUUUUCCCCGUCUCAGUUGAGGGUGGAGGGAUCGCAGCCCUAAGCCUUUGGGUGACAUGGAGCCCAGGAGGGCAGUGGCGCCUGGCUGGGGGUCUCGGGAGACCGCAGGGUCCGGAACGGCCGCGGAGCUUGUGUACCAUCUAGCCGGAGCCCUGGGCACUGAGCUGCAGGAGCUGGCGCGCCGUUUCGGGCCGGAGGCGGCGGCCGGGCUGGUGCCGCUAGUGGUGCGGGCGCUGGAGCUCCUGGAACAGGCUGCCGUGGGGCCCGCCCCAGACUCGCUGCAGGUGUCGGCGCAGCAGGCGGAGCAGGAGCUGCGGCGGCUGCGGGAGGAGAACGAGCGCCUCCGCAGGGAGCUGCGCGCGGGGCCACAGGAGGAGCGCGCGCUGCUGCGGCAGCUCAAGGAGGUGACGGACCGACAGCGGGACGAACUCCGUGCGCACAACCGCGACCUGCGGCAGCGAGGCCAGGAGACCGAGGCCUUGCAGGAGCAGCUGCAGCGCCUCCUGCUGGUGAAUGCUGAGCUGCGGCACAAGCUGGCGGCCGUGCAGAUCCAGCUGCGCGCCGCGCAGGACCGCGAGAGGGAGCGCCAGCAGCUUGGCGAAGGCGCGACCAUGGCGGCUAAAGAGCGAGCGCAGGGGCAGGCCGGGGCUCCCGGGCACCAGCACGUGCAGGAGCCCGAAUGGACAACCGCCGGCGCGGGCGCAUCUGAGGACCCGGUGGAGGCUGCGCAGCAGCGGGAGCGCCCCUCGGAGGCAGGGCAGUGCUUCAGUCGGGAGGAAUUUGAGCAGAUCCUUCAGGAGCGGAAUGAACUCAAAGCCAAAGUGUUCCUGCUCAAGGAGGAGCUGGCCUACUUCCAGCGGGAGCUGCUCACAGACCACCGGGUCCCUGGCCUUCUGCUCGAGGCCAUGAAGGUGGCUGUCCGGAAGCAGCGGAAGAAGAUCAAGGCCAAGAUGUUAGGGACACCAGAGGAAGCAGAGAGCAGUGACGAUGAGGAUGGCUCGUGGCUCCUGCUCUCCGAUGAUAAGGGAGACCAUCCCCCACCCCCGGAGUCCAGAAUACAGAGUUUCUUUGGCCUAUGGUAUCGGGGUCAAGCCGAAUCCCCUGAGGAUGAGACCAACAGCCCCGCACCCAGCAAGCUAGGGGGAGAAGAGGAGGCCCAACCACAGUCUCCAGCUCCUGAUCCGCCCUGUUCUGCCCUCCACGAACGCCUUUGUCUGGGGGCCUCAGCCGCCCCGGAGGCCUGACUUAGGGGUCUAGCUGCGGAUGGAUGUGUGGCCUCAAAUGAGGACACGGCUCCCGCCUUCGCGGCCCUCGCCAGGGGUCUGCCCUAGUCCUGGCCUGUACCAGGGCAGGAUGGGGGCUCAGCCCACCUCCCUCUCUACGUCUCUGUACCAAGCCUCUGGGGCCAGAUAUAAGAGUGCCUCUCUGAGUCUCAGUUUCCCCAUCCAUGAAAUGAGAGCGGACUGCCUAGCUCCCAGGGCUUUGUGCAGACCGCCUGAGCUCAUGUAAUAAAGAACUGCCCGUAAUAUACAGA